AGUAAUAAAGUGCUUCGACCAGUUAUUUUUCCUCUUUGGAACACCCAGUUACAUCCACUCUGAUCGUGGCACAUCAUUUAUGUCCACAGAAACUACAGAAUAUCUACAUUCUAAGGGCAUAGCCACUAGCAGGACAACGCCCUAUAAUGCCAAAGGAAAUGGGCAAAUAGAAAAGCUGAAUAAAACAUUGUGGCAGGCUAUUUUAUUAGCAUUGGACUCAGGGAAGUUGGAACUAUCACAGUGGGAAUCUGUGUUGCCCCAGGCACUUCACUCAAUUCGAUCAUUACUGUGUACUUCUACUAAUGAAACUCCACACGAACGGAUCUUCAAAUUCAACAGAAGAUCGCCAACGGGAACAUCCUUGCCUACUUGGCUACAGAACCCAGGCAAAGUAUUACUAAAAUCCCCUGUAAGAUCUUCAAAAUUUGACCCAUUGGUACAAGAGGUUGAACUUAUUAGCUGCAACCCACAGUACGCCCAUAUACGAUUUCCAAACGGCCGGGAGGAGACAGUGUCGCUUAGGCACCUGGCGCCAAAGGAAAGUUCCACGAACGACUAUUUCGAACCAGAGAACGGUAUUCUGCCUCAAGAGGUCGGUGACUCUUUGGAUCUCUCACCAGGGAGUCGCUACGGGCCUGAAACUAUCAGUAAUUCACAGAGUCCCACCCCAAUGAUGUACAACCAGCCAGAAGUCAUCAGUGACUCACAGGGGAGCCACCCAAUGCCAGAGGCCAAUAUUGACUCGAGUCCCGUACAGGACAGUUACGACUUGCAAGGAGAAAAGUCUACGCCAGAGAUACCUCCGGAUCCUUCCCUUCAUGCGCAUGGUUAUAACCUAAGACCCAGAAAGAAAUAAAGGAGGGGUGAAUGGAGUGAUCGUUAAAUGAACUUGUGUGUUACCCGUGCUUGUAAUCGUGCUAGUAUUUGUAAUCGUGUUCGCAUUAUCGUAGUCUGUGAAUCGUGACCAGUCUGUACUGUGUUAUUGUGUGUAUCAGUCGUGUUUUAUUGAAAUAAAGCCUUGUUUCUAAGGUUAUGAAUUGACUUAGUAUAU